UACAUAAUAAAUUUUUUGGAAAUGAAUUUCUCUUAAAUGGACAAAGUUGUUGAAGAAAAUGAAAGAAUUGAAGAAAAUAAUGGUCAAGGUAAAAGUGAUGAAAAACUUGAAAGAGGUAAACCAAAAGAAGAUGCCGGUCCCUCUACAGCUGAUAAUCUUCCAGGUUCAAUAGACAAUACCAAUAAUUGUAUAAAAGGAAUAUCCAAAUCUGAACACAGCAUACAAACCUAUGUAUCAAAUGCUCUACGACUAACUUCAAUCAGUUUUGGACCUUACCCUGAAAAUAAUAAAACCACCAACCAGAAUGUAAGCGAGGGUGUUACUUUGACCGAACUAAACAAAUUCAUUACGUCUUGUUAUGAAGCUAAAGGGACAAACGAACCUCCAAAACCAACACCAGAGGCGGUUCAUAAUGUUUUGGAUAACACAGCAAGUAGAACCAACUCGAACACACAACUAAAUAAAACCACAAGUCCUCCAAAGCUUGAAAAAGUACAUAAGAAGAAAAUGUCAGACAGUAUGUCUGAGAAAUCUGAUCUUGGUAUCGGACGGAAAGAUUCUAUGUCGAGUAUUGGAUCAAACGUUUGCCGAAUAUGCAUGACAAAAGGACGAGAAAGAUUGAUAUCCCCGUGCAACUGCAAAGGGUCUCUGGCGAACGUCCACCUCACUUGCCUGGAGCGGUGGCUCAAUCAGGUCGGCAGAAACCACUGUGAGCUGUGCGGAUACAGUUACCCGGCGAUCAGGACGCCGCGCUACACGGUGCUGCAGGCGCUCCGGCUGUGGUUCGGCAACCCGCGUAAUAGAGGCCAUUUGCAGUCAGACUGUCUGAUAUUUUGGCUGCUGUCGACGGUGACGGCGGGGCUGCUGGCGGUCUGCGUGGUCGGCACGCAAUACUUCGUCUUCGAGGGCGCCAACUACACCAAACACGGCACAAGGAAGAGCGAAGGGAUAUCACAUCGAAUUACCGAGACGGCAAUGGACUUCUUUAUGGCGAUAGUGCUCUGCGGCUACUCCGUCACUGUGUAUUUACUGUGGAAGGACCACUUCGUCAUGUGGAACAGGUGGAGACGAGCUAAUGUAAACGUCAGGCUGCUUCUCACGCCGGACUCGAACCCUGUACCCUUCGUGCCUAGACCUAGAUAUAGCAUUGUAUAAUGUUUUAUUAUAUUAUUUAAAAAA